CUCAGCACUCAUUCACACAGAGUGGGGAAAUAUACAUUUCGAAGGAAGGAUUUUUGAAAAAAACAAGUUUUGUAUAAACCUUUAUAAUCUACCUUUAGCUGUAUGGAUAUCUGUCUUUAAGGACUUUCCAGAUGUACAGAUUUUUUCUCAGAAUAACCUGUGACAAUGAGGAUUACUACUUGACUUCAAGAUCUGCAAUGACAAGCAAAUAAGAACAAAGGAAUACAUUUUCCCGUUUUGCCUUGGACUGCCAGCACCCCUAAGUGGACUACAUUUGAAACUACAGAUCCUGGGAUUAUAUUUAAACAGAAUAGGGCUAUGGCUGAAUCCAUGUAUUCUGACUUGAUAGCUAGACACUACAAUUAUACUGGGAAGUUUCGCAAAGUUGAACAGGAUUCUAGGCUCAAGGCAGAUUCAGUGAUUUUUAUAAUUGUAUGUUGCUUCAUAAUACUUGAAAAUGUUUUAGUCCUGCUCACAAUUUGGAGGACCAAGAAAUUCCACAAACCCAUGUAUUACUUUAUUGGAAACUUAGCCCUUUCAGACUUGUUGGCAGGGGUGGUAUACACUGCCAACAUCUUGUUGUCGGGAGCCAACACAUACAAACUGACCCCAACACAAUGGUUUUUCAGGGAGGGGAGCAUGUUUGUGGCUUUGGCUGCUUCAGUCUUCAGUUUACUGGCCAUCGCAAUAGAGCGACACCUCACAAUGCUUAAGAUGAAGCUCCACAACCAUGGCAAUACCUGGCGCGUCUUUAUGCUCAUUAGUACAGUGUGGAUGAUUGCUGCCAUCUUGGGUGGCCUACCAGUUAUGGGUUGGAACUGUAUUGAAAGCAUGUCCAAGUGUUCUACAGUUCUCCCACUCUACCACAAGACCUACAUCCUAUUCUGUACCACUGUCUUCAGCAUCAUCCUAAUGGCCAUUGUUGUUCUUUAUGCCCGCAUCUAUGCCCUGGUGCGUACACGCAGUCGCAAGCUGGUCUUCCGUAAAGUCUCUAACGGUCGUGGUGGUGGAGGUACCAGUAACAAAAGUUCUGAGAAGUCCAUGGCCCUCCUAAAGACUGUCAUCAUUGUCCUGAGUUGCUUCAUUGCCUGCUGGGCACCUCUCUUCAUCCUUCUGCUGUUUGAUGUGGCCUGUGAAAUCCGCAUGUGCUCUAUCCUUUAUAAGGCUGAGUGGUUCCUGGCUCUGGCCGUGCUCAACUCAGCCAUGAACCCGCUGAUCUACACACUCACUAGCAAUGAGAUGCGUUGUGCCUUCCUUAAGAUGCUCAUGUGCUGCAGUGUCUGCAUACAGCCUGCUGAAAAGUUCACCAGACCCAUCAUGAGUGCUGAGUUCAGCAGGAGCAAGUCGGAUAACUCGUCACACCCCAAUAAAGAUGAGCCAGAACACUUGUCAAGAGAGACCAUUGUAUCUUCUGGGAAUAUCUCCUCUUCAUCUUAAAAGGCCAUCUCUCA